UGCUAUUCCUACCAUCUCUACCCUCCUCAACAGCUCGCUGAUCGUCACGUUACCUACAUUCUACCGCCCCCCCUUCUACUGACACACAUCCUUCAGCAUGGCCCCUUCUUCCACUCAGGAUCUUCGUACUCCACUUGGGACCCGGGAUACCAACCGUUACCGUUCGUCAGUGCCAUCACUCGCGUUCGACAAAUCGCCUACCGCGUUCCCCUCCCUUUCCCCCGUUACCCCGGCUAGGUCCUACUUCGCCCACCCUAAAUCGCCCAAUGUGAUCCAGCUCAUCGAUGAUCCCAUUCUCUCCAUCGAUAGCCCGGCUGAUGCGGCUGCUUGUCUCGAUAUGCUCGAGAAGAACUUGGGCGCUCGCUCUUCUUUCCAGUAGCGACCUAUGACAACGUUCCGAGAGCAGGACUUCAGCAACGGCCCCGCCAUGGCUCAAGCUAUUGGUCGUCACUUGCCUCAAGCCAUGACCGACCUUAUAGAAAUCAUGAACAAGAUCAACUGGUUAAAUUCCUGCCUGAGGUCCUCCCGUGCUGUCGCUCGUUGCUAUCAAAAAGCUUUCGUCAGUGUUAUGGAGGAUAUGGAAGAGCUAAAGGUGCAGAUGUCAGCGCUGGAACGAGCUAACAAUAUCCAAGGGAUAGAGGAGGAUAGAAUGAGGAAGCGAAGGAAGACCAGUGCCUGGCCAAAGAACAGAGAGCUUGAGGACUGGGUCCACGCAAACGUGCGCAGGAUCAUCGAUAUGCCUCCUUCCGGUGACAAAAGCCUGUAUUCAAAAGACAAAUGGCCCAAUUACGAUCCCGAGGAAGCACCUAACGGUUAUGUCGAAGAUCCCGAAAGCAGGAAGGUCUUGUGGAGGCCAAACUGGGAGAACUUGAGGAACGCCUUCUUCGGUAACCUCGUUGAUGUAGCUGUCAAGGCCUGUGAAGACGAUAGGAAGAGCCUUAAACUCGAGUGUCCUUCGACGGAGGAAACCAGGGAUCGAGUGGUGGCCUACUUGAAGAACAUCGCCAAACGCAAGUGCGGCAAGCAAUCCAAGAAGGAGGCGGAUGAGAAGAGGAUCCUGGGAAGGACGCGUACUGUUUCCGUCAGUGGAUCAAGAAAAACUGGGAGUCACUCUCUCUCAGCAAAUGCCGCGAGGCGUCUGAUGACCCUCUGCCGACGUUAGUAACUGAUUAUGGAUAGAAGGUGAGGCGUGUGUAGAAGAAAUGGUAGGGGCCGGGAGACGAUGAGAACCAAAGGGCUCGUUGUUGGUAGCUAGAGGAGUCGUUGUGAAUGGGCGAGGUGAUUGAGGGGACUGGGGUAACAAAUGAUCCAAGGGUCCCUGGAGGGGAAGGAGGUCGCGGUGGUCAAGUCAUGUCCGGUACCGCAUAA